AUGAACUGAAGUAGAGAAAAUUCAGAGAAAAGUCAGAUAUCCCAGCCUUCUUCAGAUCUUGAACAAGAGGAUAAAAUUAGAGCAAAAAAUCUAGCAAAGACCUUUAUUAAGGAGCGUCUAAAGAGUUUAAAAGCACCCAAGAUUUAUUGGAAUACUAGAUUCCAAAAUAAUAUAAACCAUUUUCCAAAAUUGUCCAAAAAUAUUUCCCUAAGAAAACCAAAUCAAAAACUUAGCUAUAACCGUAGAAUCAGAAUACUGGGAGACCAAGCUUGCAAGACAAAUCUCCAAGUGUUCAGCACCACUUUGCAACUUCAGAACCCAAAAGAAGCCAAAAGAAGGUUUAAUAUCAAGAAACACAGAACAGGCUCACAGACUGUUUGAUGAUCCGUUGCAACAAGUCCAAAAGGCUCAAAUGUUUCAAAUUCUUGAAUAACUCGAAUUGUGAUUUCUCGCAAAGAUAAGAAAACCUUGGACAGAGAUACCAACAGUGAAGAUAGAAUCUCUCUGAAUAACACAAUAAAUAGCUUCUAUGCAAGAGGUAAUCAAACACAAAUGAAAAUGACCACACAUGAUUUCAAAGGUAACCUAAGACAAUCUAAGUCUAAUAUUCAUGAAAUAGAUGGAGAAGAUGAAUACACUUCAUUUGACAGAUUUUCAAAUUAUCAAGAAAAGACGAUACAUAGAAAGAGAUCCUCCACUAAUCAGGGUUUGAAAAUCUUAGAUUCAUCUUCAUUUGUGGGAAAUAAUUUUCAAGAUCAGAGAUCAGCGAAAGUAAAAUUAAAAGGAAUCAGAUUUACACAGGAAAGAUUCCAAAUGCCUUUACAAGCAAUACCCCGCAAUUUCAAAUCCAAAAAAUACCAUAGAAAGCCAAUAAAGUUCAAUUUUAACCAACAACUCAAACAUAAGUCCUUAUAAACCCUGCUUUGAAAAGUCACUUAAAAAGAACAAGUAUCAUAGCUUUCAGGACCAAAAAUUCCUCUAAACACCCUAAAAAUACCCAAAAGAAGAAACCAAACCCUCAUUUAACUUCUCUCGCAACCCAGGAACCCCUACAGAACCCUUAUUCUCCUCUCCAAGAACCUUAUUUCCCACCCUCCUACCCCCAGCCUUCUCCAGCCUCACCCCAUCCACGCCCAAGAUGUUCCCUCCUAGCAAUUCUAGGCCAAGCGCCUCACACAAAAGAGCUCACCAAGAAUCCCCAAUAAGCUGGCCUCAAGUUAUAAAUCUACAUGGCUUACAGAGGAAUGAAGGUCUUGGAGAACCCAGAGAGCAGAUAUCGGCAGAAAUGGCAUAAUUUUAUGAGGAAUGUAUAGGUGUUGGCUAGAAUUAUAGCCACUCUUUAG